UUACUCCGUCACCGGAAGUGCUGCGUUGCGCAUGCGUGCUGAAAUGUGGCGCCGGGUGGAAUGGUCCUAGUUGUUUGAGGUGUCUGUGAGUGAGUCCGUGAGUGCGGCGUAAGUAGCCGCAGGUUUGCUUGGAAUGGUUUGAUAUAGUCUAAUCACACAUAUUUGAAAAGCCGGGCACAAAAACAUGGAUCAAAACAGUAUACCUCCUUUCCAGGGGCUGGCUUCCCCCCAGGGUGCAAUGACUCCGGGUAUUCCGCUUUUCAGCCCAAUGAUGCCUUAUGGCACCGGUUUGACCCCACAACCUGUUCAGACAAACAGUUUAUCAAUACUGGAAGAGCAGCAAAGACAGCAGCAACAAGUACAGCAAUCAACAUCACAGCAAGGCACUCAGGGGUCUGGACAAACGCCACAAUUAUUUCACUCACAGACUCUGACAACUGCUCCCCUUCCAGGCAACACACCACUCUACCCCUCCCCAAUGACUCCUAUGACUCCUAUUACACCUGCAACACCUGCAUCAGAAAGUUCAGGAAUUGUACCUCAGCUACAAAAUAUAGUGUCGACAGUAAAUCUUGGAUGCAAAUUGGACUUAAAAACUAUUGCACUUAGAGCUAGAAAUGCUGAAUAUAAUCCAAAGCGUUUCGCUGCAGUUAUUAUGAGAAUAAGAGAACCACGAACAACGGCACUUAUAUUCAGCUCAGGCAAAAUGGUGUGCACAGGAGCUAAAAGUGAAGAACAGUCACGGUUAGCAGCAAGAAAGUAUGCCAGGGUGGUACAGAAAUUGGGAUUCCCAGCCAAAUUUUUAGACUUUAAGAUUCAGAAUAUGGUGGGAAGCUGUGAUGUCAAAUUUCCAAUCAGAUUAGAAGGCUUGGUCCUCACACAUCAGCAGUUCAGCAGUUAUGAACCAGAAUUAUUUCCGGGUCUUAUAUACAGAAUGAUCAAACCAAGAAUUGUCCUGCUUAUAUUUGUGUCUGGAAAGGUUGUGUUGACUGGUGCUAAAGUCCGGGCAGAGAUCUAUGAAGCUUUUGAAAACAUAUAUCCUAUUCUAAAAGGAUUCAGGAAGACAACGUAACAAAUGCUUUGCAGCUCAUAUUUGUAUAUAUCGUUCAUGUAAUAUAGCGCACUAUUUUUACAUAGCAUGAUGUGUUGAAAAGAGAUGGAAUUGUGUUAAUUACGAUAUUCCUUUGGCUCAAGGACACACACUUGCAUUGUAACUUGAGAUGAUUUUAUUUAAUUGUAUGUUUUACUGUAUAGCAUGUUUUAUCUGGAAGAUUUUGGGGAGUUUUUGUUUUCAGAUUUAUUACUUUAAGAUCUUUCUUUCAAAAUGGUCUGUUAUCUCAGUUUUCACCCAAGAUUUUCCCACAAAAUACGUUUUAUACUAUUGCAAAAUAUUGUAAAAAAAAAAAAAAAUUUUAAACACAACAAGAAAAAGCUGAGUUACUUUUAUUUUAUUUUUUUAUUUUUUUGUAAAUUCAAUAUUUUAACAGUUAUUAUUGCAGAUCACAUAGGGAUUCAAAUAGAAAGUCUUAAUUGUUAAUAUUGCUAGAAUUAAUCACCUUCAUAUACUCCCUUAAGUGGAUAUAACAGAAGUUGAUGGUUCGGCCUGCAAUAUGUCAGUCAUCAGCUCACUUGGGUGUGUGCCAAAAGUAGUAGUAUUAUAAAGAAUUGUAUUGGUAUUGGCAUACUUAAUGACUGCUUCAAGUAAGAAAUGUUCACUUUUCUAAAUGAAACUGCUGUAUUUUCCUUUGUUUUAAAGGCAGUAAUAGCCUGGCAGCGAUUCUAGCAACAUCAUUUCAACUAUUUUAUCACUGAAGAUACUUAAAGGUCAUUAUACAUGUUAAGUUGUUUGAAAAUCCACAUAUUCUAAUGCCAGAUACAUUCCUCAAUUUAAAUGUCAAGCAGUGGACAAUAAAUAUAAAAGCUUUCA